GCAGGGGGGCGGGGGCGGCGCGGCAGCCGUCCGGCCCGACCCGGAAGCCACGGCGUCUGUCCAGACAACCGUCAUGGUCUCUGAUCUUUGAGCGUGGGCGACACGCCUGAUUGGCCCUACAGCGCCCCGCCCGAGAUUCGCCCGGUGCUGCUGCUGCUGCGGAGCCCCGUGAGGCUCAGAGGCAGGGUGGCCACUGCAGGGGAUGUGGAUGUGCCUGGCAAGAUGAAGACCCGAAUACCUGUGGUGCUUCUGGCCUGUGGCUCCUUCAACCCCAUCACCAACAUGCACCUGCGCUUGUUUGAGGUAGCAAGAGACCAUCUGCACCAAACAGGAUUGUACCAGGUGAUGGAAGGCAUCAUCUCACCUGUCAAUGACAACUACAGGAAGAAAGACCUGGUGUCUUCCCAUCACCGAGUGGCCAUGGCCCGUCUGGCCCUGCAGUCAUCUGACUGGAUUCGGGUAGACUCCUGGGAGAGUGAGCAGGCACAGUGGAUGGAGACAGUGAAUGUGCUGAGGCAUCAUCAGAGCCAACUGCUCAGAUAUGGAACCCAGAUGGAGGGCCUGGACUCUGCUGCACCUGAGCUGAAACUCCUCUGUGGGGCGGACGUCCUGAAGACCUUCCAGACCCCCAACCUCUGGAAAGACUCACACAUCCAGGAGAUAGUGGAGAAGUUUGGCUUAGUGUGUGUGAACAGGGCGGGGCAUGACCCCAAGGGGUACAUCUUGGGUUCACCCAUCCUGUGCAAAUACCAGCACAACAUCCACCUGGCCAGGGAGCCGGUGCUAAAUGAGAUCAGUGCCACGUACGUCAGGCGAGCGCUGGCCCAAGGACAGAGCGUGAAGUACCUGCUUCCUGAUGCUGUCAUUGCCUAUAUCAAGGACCAUGGCCUGUACAUGACGGACAGUUCCCAGAAAGCCAGAAGUACCCAGAAGAAUAAAGGAAAGACAAGCUAGACAGACCAGCGGCCAGCCACUCUUGCCACCCAGCUCCUCCUACAGAGGUUUCUGUUUCACUUUAUUUUCUGUUACUCUGGGGU